AUGACAAACUCAUUCGCUCAUGUUCUUGGGAAAGGAGGAUUUGGAACUGUCUACAAAGGAAAGUUAUCUGAUGCAAGCGGCCAAGAUAUUGCAAUAAAGAUCCUGAAUGAGUCAAAUGGGAAUGGAGAAGAUUUUAUGAAUGAAUUAGCUAGCAUGAGUAUAGCAUCUCAUGUGAAUAUCGUUUCUCUGUUUGGAUUCUGCUACGAAGGAAGCAAGAGAGCUAUAAUCUAUGAGUUCAUGCCGAAUGGAUCACUCGACAAGUUUAUUUCCGAGGAUCUAUCAACAACGAUGGACUGGAAAGUUUUAUACGACAUUGCGGUAGGUGUUGCUCGUGGGUUAGAGUACUUGCACAACAGUUGUGCAUCAAAGAUUGUGCAUUUCGAUAUAAAGCCACAAAACAUACUCCUGGAUGAAGACUUUUGCCCCAAGAUUUCAGAUUUCGGUCUUGCUAAGCUGUGCAAGAAAAACAACAGCAUCAUAUCAAUGUUGUACACAAGAGGGACCGCAGGGUAUAUUGCUCCUGAAGUGUUUUCCAAGAGCUAUGGAGGAGUUUCGCAUAAGUCAGAUGUGUAUAGUUAUGGAAUGGUUGUGCUUGAGCUGAUCGGGGCAACGAGCAGAGAGAGAGCCGAAGCUUCUAGGUCCAAUGUAAGUACAAUGUACUUUCCAGAUUGGAUCUAUGAGGAUCUCGAGAGGAAAGAAACCAUGAGACUAUUGGGAGAUCAGAUCAUCGAAGAAGAAGAGGAGAUGGUGAAGAGAAUGACAUUAGUGGGACUGUGUUGUAUUCAGACAAACCCAUUUGAUCGUCCACCAAUGAGGAAAGUCGUUGAAAUGUUAGAGGGAAGUGUAGAAGCUCUAGUAGUUCCACCUAAGCCUCUUUUGACUCCAGCGGUAAUGGCUUGGGAAUCUGGUGAAGAGAGUCAAGAGACUUCUAGUCUGUCGACUCAAAGCUGUUUAGAGAGAAAAACUCUUUCCACAGGCCAAGAUACUCAACUCGUUUAA